AGGAGAUUGAGCCUCUGAAGAAUUUAGAGGAUCAGUUUACCUGUUUUCAGACAGCUGGUUCGAUGCCCAGAACUGAAUGCUGUGCUCCAGCUGUGGUCUCACCGGUGCUGACUAGAGAGGAAGAGCCACCUUCAUAGCUUACAUGUGAUUCCUCUGCCUAUACAACCCAAUACUGGAUUUGCUUACUUUGGCAAGAUAGCUGCAUUGUGCACUGUAUUUAAUGUUCCGUGUACUGUAACCCUGGGUCUUUCUCUGCAUUGCUGCCGUCAAACCCUCAGUCCUGCCAAUCUAAAAGUCCUGCCUUUGUGUACCUGCCCUCUUCCCCAUAGAACCCCCGUGCAUUCAUUCACAACGGAUGUCAUCUUUUUAUUCUCUGAUUCCCUUUUACUUUAAUCUUAAACUCUGGCAAGACUUUCACUCUGUCCUAUAAAUUGUCAGCUGUCAGCCCCCUCCCUCCCCGCUUUGGUAACGGAGCACCCCACAAGCCUUUUCUCUGGUUCUUUUCCAUUUGUAGUCCUGUAACCCAAGCAUUUGGUAUGGUGGAUUCAUAAGCUUUCACCUGGUGUUUGUGAAUCAGGUGCUGGGGAUAACUCCGGUUGGCCCCUGAAGUUCUUGCCUUGCUUAGUCUAGAUUUCCUCAACUCCUCGGGCCCUCUGUCUGAGUGGACAGUAGAGUUUUACGCCCCUCCUCCAGGGAGGAGAUGCAAAUGGACUGUCCACUUAAUAGAGAGAUUCCUAGUAGACAGUAAGAAGUUAACUGUUGUCUUUUCAUAGAAUAGCCUUUAGUCGUCUUUAAGGUUUUCCAGUUAGAGAUCAAAUUGCUAUACAUUUCUGAGGUGAGUGAGGUAAAUGAAGGAAGUAAAGCAAGAUUUUUUUUUAAUGUUAAGUAGGCUGUGGUUCACCGGGAAAGCCAAAUGGUGUAUCUUGUUGGAUUUAAACUUACUCAAGUGGGAGCUGCAGCCUCAUUUUCCUGGACUCUGGAGCAUCCUGAUGCCUGAUUUAGAGAAGGGUUUUAGUUGGUUUAUUUAGGAUUGUUGAUACAGCCGCCCAGUCUUUUAAUUAUAUGCUUUGAUUAAGCAUUUAGAGGAUAAUGUAUUCUAUAAUCUUUUCUGUGGGUGGUAAGAAUUGGAAGGUCUCCAAAUGUCCUUUUUAUCUGUGUCUGAGCUUUCAAAGUGAAUCCUAGUGGGUCUUAGGGUAGCAGUUAAGACACCUCAACCCCUCCCCACAUCGUCUUAGUGGAUGUUCCCUGUUUAAACAGACUGUCCUUGAGUUUUGGGCAUUAUCAGACCUACAAGGUACUGCUUACAUGUAUUUGUAUCUUGAAGGAGAGAAAGUUGAUUUGAAAAUUUUAAUUUUAAUGCCAUUUCAGUACAUCAGAUUAUUAUCAUGGUUUUAGACAUUACUAAACACCUGGUAGAUGUCAGCACAUUGUAAACAUGUGUUGCAGGUGUAUAUUACAACUAAGAGGUGUGUAUAGCUGCCAGAGACCGCUGAUUUUAGUAUUCGCAACUACAUAACCAAAGGAAAUUAUAAGCUCAGUUUGUUGGCUUUGAAGAAUGUCCUUUCUCUGGUUCCUCCCCAUGCAUAUUAUCAAAAUAUGGUGAAUUUAUUUUUGAUCAAGAGAAUGAAUGCUUGCAAAUAUAGGAAGAAAUUCAUACAUGUGCUUGUGCCUCCGUCACUUCCUCAUAAGUACGGUACCUUUCUAAAAGGAAACGUUAGUUUUGUUCCUUAGCUUCUGGAGUAACCCUCGGUGACAGAGCCAGUCAACUGGACUUUGGUGUUCUGAGCACUGUUCUGUAGGCAGCCAGUAAGUAGUGAGACCAUCUCCAUUUAUGGUCUCAGCAGAGGGAAAGGGACAGGAUGGAACUCUCUAUUUACAGUCCUUAGGAAUCAAGAGUGGUUGGGGUGUUCUUGGAGGCAGAAACUAGGCAUUGUAAGAUAAAAAUAAAUUGUCAGGGGCUGUUUGCAAUUCAAAUUCCUAUCUCUGAGGAGGGCAGAGGGUGCUGGGAAAGGGGGGUAUUGCAAAGUCAAGUGAGAUUUGCAGCGCUUGUCUCUUUCCUUUGGGAGAUUUGACCAUGACACACAUUUUCCAAGUUUAUGUUUCUGGAUUAUUCUAGAAAGUUUUGUUAUGGGGUCAUGAUUCUCUGUUUCAAAUAGAAAGCUGAGAUGACUUUUAAAGAGUUUGUGGAAGUCUCGGUCUCUGUAAGGUACCAUUUGAGGCUGUGGGAGAGGCGCUAUGAAAGGAGCUGCUGUUUUGGGGGAUGACCAUGUCUCAUGCUUUUCUUAUUUAGUAUUCGUUUUGCCUGUGUGGAUUUCUGGCCUCAAGGGACAGAUUUAAAGAGUCGUUGAGGGAGUGUGGUAGACUGUCAGCCAUCAUGUAAGGGACAGAUUUAAAGAGUCGUUGAGGGAGUGUGGUGGACUGUCAGCCGUCAUGUAAGGGACAGAUUUAAAGAGUCGUUGAGGGAGUGUGGUGGACUGCCGUCAUUUAAGGGCACUGUACUCUUCAUGGAGAUGCCUUCACGACCCAGACUUGGUUUCAUUCGGUGAGAAUAGGCCAAGUAUUGGCUUAUGGAAGGUAAUCUCUCCUUUAGGAGAAUCAGAUAUUCUUGAUAACACUUAUACAUUAAGUUAGAGAUAAACUAGUUUUAACAGUUAAGUUAGAAAAGUCAGAUUUUUGUCUCUCAAGAAAAUUCUGAGUGAAACUCUACAUAGUAGAAAAGGGAUUGGAAGGAAGAGUGGGAGGCGGAGACAAAGGAGAGCCUGAGUGAGACCAGAGCGUCAAGCUGAGACAAGGCCCUUGAUUCAUCUUUUGAUAGAUAUAUCGAGAAAGAUAGCAUGAGGUGUGUGCCCUUCACUUCGGGACACUGGGCUAGUCUGAAAUAUGUACUAGAAAGAGGGGCUGUAAGAACUGAGAGCUGAACCAGGCAGUGUUACCCAGGUUUGUCUUUGAGCUUGCACAGUGGUAUUUGCUGUGUGUCAGGUGACAGAGAAAGAGCAAGAUAAGAUGACCGUCUCACCUCCUAGAAAGACUGUUGGCCUUGCUUGUUGGUUUGUUUAGUUGACAAUUUCAGUUGGUAGACUAGCAAAAUGUAGGUAUUAAUGUAAUACUUCUUGGUCAUUGUGUCUGAGACUGGAGACUUAGGACAUUUUUGAUUUGAUUUCUGUUUAAAUUGUAGAAGUUUUUACCGUGACAGAGUGAGUGAGUGAGGAGCACAGACUCUGUAGAGGAUCUGUGGUGUUAGCUACUUGUCUAGGCAACUGUUUUCCCCUGUACUCCUUAACCAAGGGUAAGGAAGAUGUUCUUGGGGAACUUCUUUUUUCUGUCCUUCCCUCACGUUUUCCAAAUUCUGGGCACCAUAGCAGCUCUCUCUCCUGUGGCAGGUGUGCAUCCUAUUGGCUGGCUGGUAUUUCUUUUUUUUCCUCCCCCUUAUCCUUUUUAAAUGGGGGAGGGGGCAUAUACUAUGUGUAUGUGGGAAAAUGCAAUAAUGUUGUAAUGUUUCUUGUUGUUUUAAUUGAUAAUUGCAAAAUAAUUGUUUAAAUUAUAACAUGUUUGAGUAAAUGCUAAAUUAGUAUUUUUCUAAUAUAAUAAUGAAUUUGAAAUCUAGCAUUCCUGUAACAAUGUGUCUGUGUUUGUCUGUCUGUGUCUGUCUGAUAGUAAUUAAUAUCUGUGGUCCGUAUCUGGAGGAGGAAGUACAGCUUUAAAGGAAUAACAAAAGACUUUGUGUCUUAGACCCUUCGCAGGUGUUACAGUCGGGUGAAAGAACAUGGUGUUGGGAAAAGAAAGAGCAGUUACACAUUUGAACAGUUGGAACAGGUGUUUGGUCAGGGAGGAUGGGAUGCUCAGCCCUGCCAGCCUGUACUUAUUAACAGUAGUGGCUUGUACCAGGAGCUGGAGUCAGAUGGCAGCACUAUGGAGGACUAUUCACAGGAGGACUGGGGAAACCACAGUCAGGAUCUCCAUGGCUAUCCAACAGAUCAGGAAUUGGAUGAAAUGCCAGUUUCAAAGAGAACAUUAAAAAUAAAACAAGAGUCUCCUGAAGAAGCACAGAAACGAGACACCAUGCAGAAUAUCGUACAGAUUUUGGAGUCAGUGCAGUUGAAAUGGGAACUGUUUCAGAGUUGGACAGACUUUUCAAGGCUCCAUCUUUCCAAUAAAUUGGCCAUUUUUGGGAUUGGCUAUAACACCCGCUGGAAAGAGGAUAUCCGUUACCAUUACGCUGAGAUCAGUUCCCAGGUGCCCCUUGGUAAGCGUCUUCGUGAGUACUUCAACUCCGAGAAGCCUGAGGGACGAAUAAUCAUGACCCGAGUGCAGAAAAUGAACUGGAAGAAUGUUUACUACAAGUUCUUAGAGAUCACCAUUAGUGAAGCCAGGUGCCUGGAGCUGCACAUGGAAAUUGACUGGAUACCCAUUGCCCACUCCAAGCCAACCGGUGGGAAUGUUGUUCAGUAUUUACUGCCAGGAGGGAUUCCGAAAAGUCCAGGUCUUUAUGCCAUUGGCUACGAAGAAUGUGUUGAGAGGCCUCUCACCCCAGACGUCGAGCGCCAGGCCCUGGACCCAGGAAAGGAGGGCCGGGUUGGCCUGGAAGCGCUCUCAGCACAGGCCUCGCUGCACGUGGAAGUAGAACCCACCCGGAUCGUCUACUGCUACCUCGGAAUCGCUGAGGUCAGGACUCUGCAACAGUGCUUGUUUUUACAUUUUCAAGCAAAUGCCAAAACCUUCAGUAAAGAGUGGGUUGGUAUUAAUGGAUUUUUGUCUCAGAACUGUAUUGUGGAUCCUGGAAUUUCCCCCAAAUCCAUCUAUAUCAAAUUUGUAGAAGUAGAGAGGGAUUUUCUUUCUGCCGGCUCAUUAGUUGAGUGUCUGGAAAAAGCCAUCGGAUAUCCCUUAAAAUUUAACAACUGAGUGUCAUCCUUCAUAAGGAUUUGGGCGUGUGCAUUCUUCUCCAUCCUUCCUGUUACCCAGACUACCCCCAGUCCAGAUGCUGCCAUCAGCCUCUCCGUGGGAACUCUUUCCACGAUGAGACCAAUGCAACCUCUAAAGCAGCAUAGCAGACACUGGGCAGAAAAGCAGACCUCACCUGAAAUGCUCAUUUCGAGCAAGCAGGUCUUGCAUGGUGGGUCAGUUCUUUUUUAAAAAAAGAAAACAUUGAUUUUUAAAUGGAUUUUAGAGCCCUGAAAUGAACAAAUGUAGGUACAUUCCAUAUUGGACAGAACUUAUACUUUGAGUUUCAUAUGAAAUUGAAAUUGUAUUUUUUCCACAAUGUUUCAUUUUUACACAUCUCUAUAAGUAUUAUUUACAACCUUGAAUAAAUAAGCAAUAGAUAAUGGCAAGUAAAUCUUGAAUCACAGUAAAUAAGGCUGUUUUUCAAUAUUACCUUUAGCUACUAUUGUAUAUAAUUUAGAGUUUCAUCUUUUUCACCAACCAAGUGUUUUGCUAUUUCCAAUCAGUGUUGCCUGCAAAGACUUUUGUUUAUGUGAUGUACGAUUUUUAUGGUUGUGUUACCAUUUAAAUUAAAAAAAAAAAUUAAAGGAAUUCCUGACCUUUU